AGGGGGAGAGAAACCAGCCGCCGCUGCCGCUGAGACAAAGAGCGGAGCCCGCCGGGGAGAGAAACCCUCUCCUCGCCCCUCUCUUUUCCUCCUCCUCCGCCGCCUCCUGCUCCUCCUCUGCCUUCUUCUGCCAUAAUUAAUCCUUCGCUGCUUCCCUCCGCCUGGGCCGGAGAGUUCCGAAGCCCCCGGAGGAGCCCGCGACCAGCAGAACGCCUCGCAAUCAGAAUCUUCUUGCAAGCAUAACUUUGCUCAAGAGUUUUAACUUUCAGUGUCUAGAUCCUGAAUCGUGCCAAAGAGGGACUCCAUGAAAGAUGACAGAAGAAGUUAUUGUUAUAGCAAAGUGGGAUUACACUGCACAACAGGACCAAGAACUUGACAUAAAGAAGAACGAACGCCUCUGGCUGCUGGAUGAUUCCAAGACAUGGUGGAGAGUAAGAAAUGCAGCCAACAAAACAGGAUACGUGCCAUCGAAUUAUGUUGAGAGAAAGAACAGCUUGAAGAAAGGGUCCUUAGUUAAAAAUCUGAAAGACACCUUGGGUUUGGGUAAAACAAAGCGAAAGACAAGUGCCAGAGAUGCCUCACCGACCCCUAGUACGGAUGCCGAAUACCCAUCCAAUGGUAGCAGUGCUGAUCGGAUUUAUGAUCUGAACAUCCCGGCAUAUGUUAAAUUUGCCUAUGUAGCAGAGAGAGAGGAUGAACUGUCUCUUGUGAAAGGAUCUCGAGUCAUUGUUAUGGAAAAAUGCAGCGAUGGCUGGUGGAGAGGGAGCUACAAUGGACAAAUUGGCUGGUUUCCUUCAAACUAUGUAGUAGAGGAAGUUGAAGAAGCAACUGCUGAUUCACCGAGUUUUCUAAGUUUGAGGAAGGGAGCAUCCAUGAGUAAUGGUCAGGCCAUGAAAGUACUUCACAUUGUUCAGACGUUGUAUCCAUUCAGUUCUGUCACAGAAGAAGAGCUCAACUUUGAAAAAGGUGAAACCAUGGAAGUCAUAGAGAAACCUGAAAAUGACCCAGAAUGGUGGAAAUGUAAAAAUUCCCGAGGGCAAAUUGGUCUUGUUCCCAAAAACUAUGUAGUAAUCGUAAGUGAUGGCCCUACCAUUAACACUUCCCAUCCACCUCCAAUAAGCUACACAGGGCCCUCUUCUACAGGACGGUUUGCAGGAAGAGAAUGGUAUUAUGGGAACGUUACUCGGCAUCAGGCAGAAUGUGCUCUAAAUGAAAGGGGAGUGGAAGGGGACUUCCUCGUCAGAGACAGUGAAUCUUCGCCCAGUGACUUUUCAGUAUCUCUAAAGGCAUCAGGGAAGAACAAACAUUUCAAGGUGCAGCUGGUGGACAAUGUCUAUUGCAUUGGGCAGCGUCGAUUUAAUACUAUGGAUGAGUUGGUGGAACACUACAAAAAGGCUCCUAUCUUCACCAGUGAACAUGGGGAAAAGUUAUAUCUUGUCAAAGCACUUCAGUGACGUUGAAGAUGGACUAGGCCUGCUGGGGGCCCUUAUAACUUACAAGCCUUAGGUCCUGAAUUCACUUUUCGAAUGCAGAGCAAUCUACACCAGUCUGAGACAGUCGACAGAGAGUGGACUCUUCCUAAAGCAUUUGCUCUGUUGGAUAUAUUCUCUUUGCCCUGCCCCCUCUUUUUUUUCUACUUUGUCUUUUUAAAAAAUUUAGUUGUUUCACAUUCCCCUCAGGUUGAAAAUUUCACUUAAGUGGCCAUUGCAAGCACUCGCUUUCUUCCCUGGGUUCUAAACUCCUCUCUUCUGUGUACGUUUACAUAGUUAGUUCACAUAAACGAGGGGAGUCCUCAAUUUAAAACAGUGUUAAAUUGUUCAGAUAGCUCACGCUGGCGGAACGCUGGCAGAACUCAUCGUUAAGAGACUGGGCACAGUUUGAAUGCACUGAACCUGCAGCUAACUAAGUGAAAUAUAGUAGACAUAACAGUUGUGGCUGUGAGUUCUGUACCUAUUUCGCUUACCAAGUAGUAUAUUCCAGCAAUUCCUAGUUUCUAGAAGCACUCUUUACACUCUCUACUCAACUAUUACAUUGCCUCCUUUGACUCUUGGUGAAGAGUACACUAACUAAGCAUUUUGUAAUAGUACUUCCUAAACUACUACGGUAAGAUUGUAGUAAAAGAAAACUAUCUAGCUUACUUCGACAUGUAAUUGCAACAGAAAUGUUUCAUUGAAAGUUGAUUACUUAGAGAAUCAUUGAAUUGUAAUGGUUGAAUGUUUUGGUAAUCUACAGCCAAAUGUGCCAUCCACAUAAUGCUUUCUCUUCUUGCCCUUCUGCUUGUUUGAAUUAAACAGUUAUGUAUUUAAUUCUUAAAGUAAUAUGUAUCUGUAGCUGAUUGACACUAAUACAGAAGUUUAAUGAACAUAACUAAUUAUGGGUGGGCGGGGCUUCCAACACAUACAUGCAUACAUAUAAUAUAUAUAAUAUAUAUAUAUUUGCAUUACAGAAAAAAAUCAGGGUUUACAAAAGGUGGUGCGAUUGGUAAUAAGACAGACGGAAUGUUAUAUGAAGAAAUUGCAUUUUCUUUUUCUUUACUUUUAACUUUCUUAUGGUUUUAAAUAUAGUCUUGAUGGCAUUCCUGAACAUUGAAAGGAAAAAAAAAGACCUUGAUCCCAGAAACUUGCAUACCCAGUUUUUUUUUGGAUAUUGUAAUAAAAAAAAGGUAUCAUGUGAAGAUGGAGUAUUGACUUUAUCCUUUGGUAAUGGCCUUGAGAUUGGUAUAGCAUGAUGAAAUGUGUUUUUAAAAUUCCCCAUUUAUAUAUUGUGUAGGAUUUGAGUAACUUGAACAGUUUGGGUAAAACAAAUUGCUGAUAUCAUUAUUCUUUGUAAUAAUUCUUGACUUCAUGAGCAGGUAGAAUUUUAUAUGUAUGGCCGGAUGCUUUCUUUCAUUCUUUUGAAAUCUAAUGCAAUGUUGUGCUGGGGUUUCAGCAACCCUUUAUAGUUGAUUACUGCCCGUGUUAAAGGGCCUGUCACCUAGUAGGCUUUGCAGUUCUUUAACUCCUGUCAGCAAUAGCCAUUGUACACAGUGCUCUGUAUCACAGAAGCAAGAAAAUGCGUGAGAUAUCUUCUCAAGAUUAUGAAAAAUCCUUUUGGCUUAGCUCUAAUAGUAUUGGGUGGCUUUAAAGGGGGAAUAAACAAAAUUCAUGGAAGAUGAGUCAAUGGUUCUUAGCCAUGAUAGUUAAAUGAACCGCCAUGUUCAGAAUUGGUAUGUCUCUGACUACUGGUUGCUAGGUAGAUCCUGAAGUCUUGUGAGCUUCCUGAGGGCAUCUGAUUGGUCACCGUGGCAAAUAAGAUGCUAGAAAGAGCCUGCAGGGCUGCUCUCACAGAUUUUCGCUGUGUUGCAGUUAUUGGAGUCUCACAAUCAUCUUAGAGUCUGGCCACAUGUAUAUUUAGACACAGACAUAUUUAGGCCACAAUAAUUUAUUUUGAAUCACUUGUAUUGACAUCAAUGGGAAUACUCAGUAUUUAGAUGAUUGUGGCAUCCAGCCGUAGGCAUCACUGAUGCUAAAUAGGCUUACAUCCAAGUAUGUACACUCCUUAGCUUAUGUGCCACAGCUGAAAACAUGCUCAGUUGCCAACAGCCAGGAACAAAGUCAUUUUGAAGCCAAAUCAGGAAGUUGCCCCUUUAUUCUGACAUCCUGUCUAACAGAAGCUGGUGGCAGACACUUGAGAAUCAGUUGGCAAGGCAUCCGUUUGUCCACAGCCACAGGCAGGUUUUUUCUCCACCUCCACCACUUAAAGACUGGCUUAAGCUCUACAUGUAUAAUCACUUCAUUUAAAAUGACUCCAGCUCCUCUGAUGUAACUGUAGUAGAUUUCAUCUAUGAAUGUCUAAUGUAUUUUGCAUCUUAUUAAGUGCGCGGCUGGCCUUAGCAUGGUGGCAGAUCCUCAGAAAACCAUUCACUAUGGAUAUAAAACAACAACAGAUGCUUUCUUUGAUUUUAAAUGGUGUUACUUUUACGUUUACACACUUUUAUUGUAUUUAUUUUCUUGGAGAGAAAUAAGUGAACCCAACUCUUCUCUUUGGAUUGUGAUUUUAAACUUGAACAGUUUAAAAUUGAACAGUCCAAGUAAGAAUUCCAGUGGGAAUGCUCAACGAAUUGGAUUGCAAUCCACCAAAACUUUUUCAUGCUCAAGCCUUGUUGAAAUUUAUUUCAAUGGUGCUUGUGCAUUUCCUGAUGAAUUGUACUCAACACUUAAAAAAAAAAAUCUCUUUAGAGGUUAGAAAACCAAACCCUACAAAUUGCUUGGGUCAAAAAGGUUGCAAUAAGUUUUGUAUAAUGGAUCUAUAUUCUUCAUGUUGCUUACUAUUUCAACACGAAUCUGUUUGCCAUUACUUAUAAAUGUGAUGAUGGAGCUCUUGACAGUGAGAUGUGAAAUUUUUUUCUUGACUGAUAGCUUAAUUUAUCACACCUCAAAUGCAAAAAUAAAUAGCUCAAAUUAU